AUGGCCGUCUUCUCGGCCUCGACGUUUGUCCAGUCGAUCCCUCCGGGCACGCGUAUCCUGACGGCAUCGCUGCUCGCCUUCACCCUCCUCCUCGCCUUCCUCCGCCUCACCCGGACCGAAGAGGGGCUUCACUUUAUCACGUUUUCCUCAAAGGACUCGGCCCUCGCCUUUCCCUGGCUCGUCAUCGUACCGGGCGCAAGCUGGUACUACCCAUGGACCCUCCUCACCGCCGGCCUGUGCGAGACGUCGUUCUUCGAGUUCCUCAUCUCGCUCUUUUCCCUCCCGCUCGCCGGGAGGUACCUCGAGAGGCAGUGGGGCGCAACCGAGCUCCUCAGGUUCUCGGCCAUCGUCAUUGUCGGGAGCAACAUCAUCGCCUGGGGGCUCGCCUUCAUCAUGUUCGCCGUGCUCCGCUUCGACGUCCUCAUCUACGGCACCCAGUACCACGGCCUCGAGGCCCUACAGGUCGCCUUUCUCGUCGCUUUCACCCAGCUCAUACCAGAGCACCAGGUGCAGCUCUUCCGUGGCGCACUCAAGCUGAGGGUCAAGGACCUGCCCAUGCUCUACGUGACCUUUAGCAACAUUGCCUGCAUCGUCGGCUAUACGUCGCCCUUUAUCCUGAUCCAGUUCGGCUGGCUCAUCUCAUGGGCCUAUCUGCGAUAUUUCCAGGCCAACGAGAGCGGCUACAAGGGCGACCGGAGCGAGGCUUUCGCAUUCGUCAACUGGUUCCCGCCCAUCGCCCACCGGCCGGUUCAGUUCAUCUCGGACACGCUCUUUGCCCUGUUCGUCAAACUCAAGAUCGUGCAGCCCUGGAGCGGGGGCGACUAUGCCGACCUCGAGAUGGCCGCUGCCUCGGUCGGAGGCGGACCGGCCGUACCGGCGGGGGCAGGUGGCGCCCGCGCCGAAGCCGAGAGGCGCAGAGCCAUGGCUCUCAAGGCGCUGGACCAGCGGUUGGCGGGAGGCGGAUCUGGUGGCGGCGGUAGCGGGUCGAGACCGGGUUCUGGAGCGGGCCGAUCAUCGGCGGGCCACCCGAACCUGCAGAGGAGCGACUCGGCCAGCUCGCAGCCGCAGCAGGCCAAGAAGGCGGGACGGGAGCAGGCCGCGGCGCCGGUACCAUCGGUCGUCUUUGAGGCGCCCAGGGACGACGACGACGAGGCCAAGUUCGAGGAAGAGGACAGCGGCGACAUCUCGCAGCAGGGGAAGAAGCCGGCUCCCAGCAAGGAACUCACCUGA